UGGCUGAGUGUGUGCUGCUUUUCAGGUGUUGUGUGGUCCAACGGAGAGUUGUGGAAAGAAAUGAGGCGCUUUGCUUUGAUGAACCUGAGAGACUUUGGGAUGGGAAAAAAGUCCUGCGAGGACAAAAUCACGGAGGAAUGUGAAUAUCUGAUUGAAGUGAUUGGGAGUUCUGGAGGAGAACCCUUUGAUACGACGGCACCACUGAACCAGGCCGUCUCCAACAUCAUCUGCUCCAUGGUCUAUGGCAGCAGGUUUGAGUACGACGACCCAGAGUUCACCUCUCUGGUCAACAGAACCAACAGAAUUAUUCAGCUGGGGGCUUCUGCAAAGAUUCGGCUGUACAACAUGUUCCCGUGGUUUAGAAAACUGUUCACCCCCAAGGAGUUUUUCAAAUAUCUGGAAGCUAACAUUGAGCAAAACCUGAUGCUCUUCAGCCGUCUGAAGGACACCCUCAACCCACAGAUGUGCAGAGGCUUCGUGGACGCCUUCCUGGUCCACAAGCAAAACCUGGAGGUUCGGUUUUCUUCAAGGGGAGGAGGUCUACUUCCUGUUCAACCGCAGAUAAUGCCACUCCAGGAGCAGUAAGGUUACCAUAACAACACGCUCUCCAGUAGGUCAGAGUAACAACUAGGUAACGCCCCCAUACUUAACUUCUUACCUUGAACCGAACUCUCUACUGAUUAAACUCUUCCACUGAUGCUGCAACAUUUUAACAUUUAAACUCCAUUGGCCACAAUA